AUGUCUACUUCCGUCCCAGACCGCUACAAGCUCAUCUUCUUCGUCCCAUCUACCAACGCGGAGGCCUGCAAGGAAGCCAUCUUUGCCACGGGCGCAGGAUCCUUCCCCGGUGAAAAGUACACCAAAUGCUGUUUCCAGACUGCUGGCACUGGCCAAUUCCUGCCAAACGAGGGUGCAGACCCGGCGGUCGGGGCUGUUGGUACUUUGGAACGGUGCGAGGAGGUCAAGGUUGAGGUCAUGUGCCUUGGGCGUGAUGUGAUGCUGAAUUCAGUCAAUGCUUUGGUUGCAGCGCAUCCGUAUGAGGAGGUCGCCUAUGAGGUUUAUAAGAUGGAGAAUGUGGCCCGCCCGAGUAAAACGCCUCGUCAACUCGACUUCUCCUCCAACCUCCAACCUCAACUACUUCCAAUUGACGCCCACUCAUCGCCCGCGAUGGCCUCCAAACUCUUCUUCGUCCCGCGGGUUGGCCGCCAGCUGGCACAGCAGCUUCACAAAUCUCAAUACAGGGCAUUCUCCGCCGCUUCGCAGCGGUUCAGCGAGUCCCUUUCGGUGCACCGCAACAAGCCCAACAACAACCCGAGCCUUCCCUUCAAGUUUUCCGAACAGAACCUCAAGCUCGCCGAUGAGAUUCUCAAGCGUUACCCUCCCCAGUACAAGAAGGCUGCCGUCAUGCCCUUGCUUGAUCUCGGCCAGCGCCAGCACGGCUUCACCAGCAUUAGCGUAAUGAACGAGGUCGCUCGCAUGCUCGAGAUGCCCCCGAUGCGCGUCUACGAGGUUGCGACCUUCUACACCAUGUACAACCGUGAGCCGGUUGGCAAGUACUUUGUGCAGCUCUGCACUACGACCCCCUGCCAGCUCGGCGGCUGCGGCAGUACCGCCAUCGUCAAGGCCAUCACCGAACACCUCGGAAUCACCCCCGGCCACACCACCGAGGACGGCCUCUUCACAUUCAUCGAGGUCGAGUGCCUAGGCGCCUGCGUCAACGCCCCCAUGGUUCAGAUCAACGACGACUACUACGAGGACCUGACCCCAGAGUCCAUCAAGACUCUCCUGACAGCCCUGAAGGAGUCCGCUACCGCUACCGGUGCCGGCGCCGGCACCAAGGUUCCUGCCCCUGGCCCGUUAAGCGGGCGCGACACCUGCGAGAACAGCGCCGGUCUGACCAACUUGACCGACGUGCCUGAGUGGAAUCCGGAGGUCAUGAUGCGCAAGGACAACGCAUUGGACGCGGAACCCAAGCAAUAG